GGUGCGCGUGUAGCCUUCAUUUUCUCUCGUGCGGGAUUUUCAAUUUUUGUUGUCGACAGGGAAGCAGGCGGUGCUCACAAGACCUCGCAGAUGCAGAACGAAAGCAACGCCGCCGCUUCUUUUUCGGGGAACCGGGGAACAGAAAGCACUGGCCGCCAACCCUCGUCCUCUUCGUCAGCCCCGGUGGCGACCACUGGCGAAUCUCCACCGGGAAAGCAAGGCAGCGGUGGGGGCGAUGCCGACGGUAGCGAUGACGACAGUGAUGACACCGGUGUGCACAUCGGCGGUGUGGCCUCGGUAGAAGCGGAAGAGAUCAACCGCGCCGAUGCGGUUUCGAAAAAAGCUUUUUACGGCGCCGGAUCUCGCCGGCCGGCUGCAGGUGUGGCUGAGGGCCGGAAUUCCGGGCGCGUGGGCAGAGCAGCGGCGGCGACGACUGGUCUUGCUGGCGGAUUGAACGCGGCAAGAAGACUGGGUGGUGGCGGUGUUGGAGAUGAUGGAGGCGGCAGCGGCCAUGCCGGCGGCAAUGGCGACAGUGCGAGCGGGGUGCAUGGGGCAAAACGGCCACGAAAGAAGGUGGUACUUGCUAGCGAGUUCAGCGACAGUAGUUCCGACGAAGACAGGGAAAUUGAAUGCAGCAAAAGCGGCCCAAUAAUGCCGCAACCAAGCACGUCCAUUCCGGCGCCAAUAGAGACAGGUCAUUCGACGUCGCCGUCGCCGGAGGUUCCUCGUCAAAAGCUACCGGCCCACCAUCAGCCAUCGCUUUUCUUUGCCAGCACGACGCGAAGAGCACGACAACCGGGGCCAAACUCUCUCAGCGGUCGAGCCGACGACAGCAGUAACGCGGCAGCGACAGGCCCGACAGAGAGUGCCGCUCCCGCCGUGUCGUCCGACCGCGGUGAUGUUGGCCUCUCUGGCGAUGCGACUGACAUGACAGCCUCGUCGGCGGCGCGGCAGGAACCACCUCCGGCUGGUGCAGAAGCAGUAACGAGAGUGGGUCAGCGUGAGCCCCCCGUGGGUUGGGUGAUUGAUGUAAGACCAACACCUCCUUCCGAUAUCCCCCUGCUGCCUCGGCGAAAGAAGCAAAGACGGAAAAAAGCCGGCGGUGGGUUGGCAGCGGCGGGGUUGGCAGCGACGCCAACUGGCCACAAAGACACCGUUUCGAGCGCUGCGACGGACGGAGAUAUCAGUGUACGAGACGAAGAUGCGCACCCUGCUAGCUCGGCUGUGCUAGAACCAGGCAUGCCUACCGGCCGCGGCGGCGGUGGCCGCGGCGGUGGAAGAAGCGCCCAAGCCACUUCUACUGGCGAGGAGGAACCGGUUGAGGCCCAGGGGGCCGGGGUCAGCGAUGCCGCCACGCCGAGGAGGCGGCAAGCUUCAUGUUCAAACACCGGACGCGGAAGCGGCGGCGGCGAAGACGACGAAGAAUGUAAGAGCGGUGCUACGAAUGCACCAGGACUUCCGAAGGACAUGACCGAACGUCCGAAGAAGGCCACAUCGAAACCAUGGUCCGGUGUCACCAACUCUCGCAAGCCCGGUACUGCUGUGCUUCCUGGCACCGCAGGUGCUGCUGGUGCUGAUGCUGGUGUUGCCGCUUCUGCUGCCACCGCCGAGGCUGGCCGAGGGGCGCUCGGCCGUAGUGUGAAUGCCGGCCGUGUGCCCCAAAAGGGAACCGUGCACGCUGCCGAUGGAUCGGAGAGUGAGUCGAGGGGCGACCUGAGGAUGACACUGCAGAUGCUGCAGCUGACUUCGGCGGGUAACAGCAAGCGGAGUGCUACGGAGACGGAGCGUCAACCAAAGGAGACGGACAAGACGAUUGGGAGCGGUGGCGGUGGCGGAGGACAGGCGGGCACGAAAAGAAGCUGGUCUGGCGAAGGGCGAGAAGAAGAGUCCAAGAGCGUGAAGAAGCCAAAAAAGAAGAAAAAGAAGGCGGGAGCGGGGGGAUCCUUCCCCUUGUCCGCUGUGAAGAGGGACGACAUUGAUGACAUAUUCGGCACUUUGACUUAGCUUCCGCACAACAAGUGUUUGCGGAACGAUCUACUUCACCGAUAUGGAUGGGGUUUUGGAUCUGCUUGCCCGUGGUACCAGAUCUCGCAGAGCAGCGUGCAGCGGUCGUAUAGCUGCAGCUUAAGUUGUAAGAUGCUCAGGAGGAUCAGAAAGUUUUCUUGCGACUUCUUUGCGGCGGCAAUAAUACUAGCAAUCGGCCC